AUGCUCCCGCGGCCCCUGCGGCUGCUGUGGGACACGAGCCCCCCCGGGGGAGUCGUGCUGAGCAGCUUCCGGAGUCGAGACCCCGAAGAGGGUGGGGGCCCCGGUGGCCGGGGCGGGGGCGGGGGGCAGGAGGAGGAGGACGACGACGACGACGACGAGGCCCCUGUGUCUGUCUGGGAGGAGGAGGAGGAUGGUGCUACCUUUACAGUCACAAGUCGCCAGUAUCAGCCUCUUGAUCCCUUGGCCCCAAGGCCUCCUCCGCGUUCCUCCCGGAAACUCCGAGCUGGCACCCUGGAGGCCCUGGUCAGACACCUGCUGGAUGCCUGUACAUCAGGGGCUGACAUGACCUUCACAGCAGCCUUCCUGGCCACUCACCGGGCCUUCACCUCCACGCCUGCCCUGCUAGGGCUUAUGGCUGACAGGCUGGAAGCUCUUGAAUCUCAUCCCGCUGAUGAGCUAGAGAGGACAAAAGGGGUAGCCAUCUCUGUACUGUCAACCUGGUUGGCUUCUCACCCUGAGGAUUUUGGCUCUGAGGUCAAGGGUCAGCUUGACCGGCUUGAGAGCUUCUUUCUUCGGACAGGGUAUGCAGCAAGGGAGGGUGUUGUGGGGGGCGGCGCUGACCUCAUCCGCAACCUCCGGUCCCGGGUGGACCCCCAGACCCCUGAACUUCCUAAGCCCCUGGCCCUCCCCGGCGAUCCCCCUGCUGACCCCACGGAUGUCCUGGUGUACCUCGCUGACCACUUGGCCGAACAGCUGACCCUGCUAGAUGCGGAGCUGUUUCUCAAUCUGGUCCCCUCUCAGUGCCUGGGGGGCCUGUGGGGUCACAGAGACCGGCCAGGACAUUCUCACCUCUGCCCAUCUGUCCGGGCGACUGUCACACAGUUCAACAAGGUGGCAGGGGCAGUGGUCAGCUCUGUCCUGGGGGCUACCUCAACCGGAGAAGGGCUUGGAGAGGUGACCGUACGGCCACUUCGUCCUCCCCAGAGGGCCCGGCUCUUGGAGAAGUGGAUCCGAGUGGCAGAAGAGUGCCGUCUGCUCCGAAAUUUCUCUUCAAUGUAUGCUGUGGUAUCAGCCCUGCAAUCCAGCCCCAUCCACAGGCUUCGGGCAGCCUGGGGGGAAGCAACCAGGGACAGCCUCAGAGUCUUCUCCAGCCUUUGCCAGAUUUUCUCUGAGGAGGAUAACUAUUCCCAGAGCCGGGAGCUCCUGCUGCAGGAGGUGAAGCUGCAGCCCCCUCUGGAGCCAAAUUCCAAGAAGUCCCCGAGGUCUGCCUCCCGGGGUGGGGGUGUGGUCCCAUACCUUGGCACCUUCUUAAAAGACCUCGUAAUGCUGGACGCGGCCUCUAAGGAUGAGCUGGAGAAUGGAUACAUCAAUUUUGACAAGCGGAGGAAGGAGUUUGCUGUCCUGUCUGAGCUGCGGCGGCUCCAGAACGAAUGUCGUGGCUAUGACCUCCGACCUGACCCCGAUAUCCAGCGGUGGCUACAGGGGCUCCGGCCACUGACAGAGGCACAGAGCCAUCGCGUGUCCUGUGAGGUGGAGACGCCUGGUAGCGGUGACCCGCCUGCCCCGCGGGUGCUUCGGCCGACACUGGUCAUCUCGCAGUGGACAGAGGUGCUGGGUUCUGUCGGGGGUCCCAGCCCGCUUGUCUCUUGGGACCGGCCCAGUGUGGGGGCAGAGGAGGUGCCUGGAACCCCCGCCCCACUGCUGACCCGGCUGGCCCAGCACAUGAAGUGGCCGUCUGUCUCAUCUCUGGACUCCGCCCUGGAAAGCACCCCAGCCCUGCAGAGUCCAGCUGACCCCAGCCACCUCUCUCCCCCAACUUCCUCCCCGAGGCCUUCUCGAGGUCACCGCCGCUCAGCCUCCUGUGGUUCCCCGCUCAGUGGGGGUGCAGAAGGGGCCUCCAGGGGACCUGGCUGUGGGGGAGGGGCACCUGGGCCAGGGGCCUCUGAUUGCCGAAUCAUCCGAGUCCAGAUGGAGCUGGGGGAAGACGGCAGUGUCUAUAAGAGCAUCUUGGUGACAAGUCAGGACAAGGCUCCAAGUGUCAUCAGUCGUGUCCUUAAGAAAAACAAUCGUGAUUCUGCGGUAGCUUCGGAGUACGAGCUAGUGCAGCUGCUCCCAGGGGAGCGAGAGCUGACCAUCCCCGCCUCGGCCAACGUCUUCUACGCCAUGGACGGAGCCUCACAUGAUUUCCUCCUGCGGCGGCGGCGGCCCUCCAGUGCUCCAGUGGGCCUCGCUAGUGGCCCUUCUGCCUCGGGAACUCCCCCGAGCGAGGGAGGAGGGGGUUCCUUUCCCAGGAUCAAGGCCACAGGGAGGAAGAUUGCCCGGGCACUGUUCUGA